AUGGUGGACCAGAUGCGUCGCAUGAUGAGCCAGUAUGUGCAGAGGAAUUCGAUAGACGUGGAGCGGUUGUUGUCUGUGAACGGCGAGGGGGCAGAGGAAGAAACCCGGCAGCCAGGAUUGGGCCCUUUUGUCGGUACGAAGAAGGAGGGUGCGAGUCUGAGAGAGAAGCAAGUGUUGAUGCGUGCUCGUCAUCAGCGGUCAUUUGCGGCGAUGCUGAUGGGUGCCCGGAGAGACCAAAAGGUGGAAGAGAUGAAGGCUGCGUCGGUGCCGAAGGGCUCGUUUGAGGAGAAGAGUCGUAAGUCUGAGGUGGCUGCCAGUAUUAAAGACCUCAAGUUACCUUGGGGCGUUUACGACAGCACAUCGUUCUUCUGUGCCUGCGCGGCGUGCAUCUCGAACCGCGAGACGCAGAUCAAAGCGGACAAGUGGUGGUUGGCUGGAGAGAAGGACCGAGCCCUUUCGUACACAUUAAAACCCUGUCUGCGACUACUCCCCAUUUCUCAUAACAGCAUUGCACGCCGUAAGUACAGACCCCGUCUGCCCAAAAAGGUCGACCACAAAGCGGCGUUGUGGAAGGCAAUUGACGGGGUCGCCUUCAACGAAGAUUUCGGCGGUGAGACCGCUGCCAGCAGUCCCGAACCGGGAAAGGCCGCGCCCUCAAGAGCUGUGCUUUCCACUAGAAAGAGCAUCGAUCAUGAUAUCGACGGCUACGAGACGAUCGACCGUGCAAUCGAACGCACAGAGGCGCAGCUGCGACGCAUGGUAGGCAGUGCUGACUGGACGGCGGAGGUGGUCGUUAUUGUAACCUCGCUAACCACAAGCCGCGAGAGCUACCAAGAGUCGUAUCGCCUCCUCCGAUUCUUUGAGGCCAAGGGUGUAGACCACAUCGCGGUUGACGUCAAUGGAGAUAUUGGACACGACUCCGUGGACUACAAGCUACUCAGAAAGUGGCACAACGAGGAAACCCUACUCGUUGACUCCAACAAACUCGCCGACAAGGUCACGCUGCCGAUUGUUGUGCCCCAGGUUCUCAUCGACGGCGUUCCCGUCGGACCUAUUGAUGAAAUCAUGUCCCUCGAAGACGAAAACGAUUUGGACUAUAUCCUCGCGCAAGCGGCCUGUCCAAACUGCCUGGUAAACCGACGCGCGUCCGCCGGACACUGCAGCAGGUGCUCUGCUCUAUUCAGGAACCUCAUUUCACUCAAAUAUUUGACUCCUCCUGAGAUCAAACUCCUACUCACCAGAAGCGAGAAGAACGCCUAUCAUAUCAAAGCACCGACUCCCUACGACUGGGAGAAACGCAGGAGACAACUCGGCAUCCGGUCUGGCAACGAGGACGCAUCCACUUGGUUCAAACCCGAUUGUUUGGCCAAGUACGGCCACCCUUCGCCGGGAUUUUGUGUUGACUUCAAUUGA